AUGGAGCCGAGGAGGAGCCAGAGGAUCAAGAUAUCGAACGAAGGCGGCGCGCUCGGCGCGCUGUUGCGGCAUCUGCCCGUCGUGUUCGAGUCGGAGGUGCUGCGUCACCUCGACGUCGACGACCUCUUCUCGCUCUCGCGGGUGAACAAAGAGUGCGGACGCGCCGCCAGCAACGCCUCGAAGCUCGCUCGCGCGGACCACUACGACGCUAGAUGCGCCGAACUCAGCAAAGACCCAUGUUGGGGGGUCGACCCCGCCACCGUUCACCCGCUACUCAGGGCCUUCGCGACGUGCUAUGCCCAGGAGUUUGCCGAACAAGCCGAGAAGCUCAGGGCUGAGGUCGCCAACGACAGACGCCAGAGCGCUUUGAGUUCUUCUUCCGGCGACUUCUACACCUUCCCCCGACGCGAAAUCAUACCCAGCCAACGUCUUCAAGAUGCGACAGCCAACGUCUUAAAGAUGCUAGAACCCCGGCCUGGUACGUAA